GGCGUCUGGAAUGUUGCUGGACGAGAUGCCCCUGUUUGAUCCCUCUCUACUCCAAGAGCUGGACUGGAGCAGCAACACCGUCUCCUUCUCGCCUCCCAUUUCUCCGUCUCAGCCUGGAGAAGGGCUGGUCCUCCGUCCUCUGUGUACUUCUGACCUAGACAGAGGCUUCUACAAGGUCUUAUCACAGCUCACGGUGGCUGGGGAUGUCACAGAAGAACAGUUCAAAGCAAAAUUUGAACAUAUGAAGAAAUCUGGAGACUAUUAUGUCAUAGUGGUGGAAGACACGAAUCUUGGACAAAUUGUUGCCACAGCAACACUUAUCAUUGAACACAAAUUCAUCCACGCUUGUGCUAAGAGGGGGCGUGUGGAAGAAGUGGUUGUGAGUGAUGUGUGCAGAGGAAAACAACUGGGAAAACUGUUGGUAUCAACAUUGACUCUCCUCAGCAAAAAACUGCAGUGCUACAAAGUAACACUGGAGUGUGCGUCGAAAAAUGUGGAAUUUUACAAAAAGUUUGGCUACUCCUCUUCAGAUGAGGCUUACAUGCAGUGCCGGUUCUUUGACUGAAUCCAUGAGAAUCUUGGAACAUCACAGAAUGUUUGCUUUAGAACUCUGAUCUGUUCUAUUCUCCGAGAAUCUUGGAUCAGACUACCUCCAAGUUUUCACUUUUAG